AUCGUCUUGAUAACUUACAUAUUCUGGCAGUGACAAGAAGACAAUUCGCACGUAAGCGGCUUAUGGUGCUGUUUUAAUUUGAAAGUGAUUGAAUAAAAAUCGAUUAUUGCGUGCAGUGUGUAUAUAAAUCAGUGGUCAGCCACUGGCUAGUUGCAAAAAAGCUUAUUCUCAGUUAAGGUUUCUUGCCAAAAGACACAAUGUUGCCAGCAACAGUAUCGACGUUGGUGCCGCGUUUGAAGUUGAACUUCAAGAAGCCGAAAAUAGAUAACUUCGUAUUCAAGCUACAUUACCAGUUUACAGUUACGCUCCUGAUAGCGUUUGUGAUCUUGGUCUGCGCCAGGGAACAGUUUGGGGAACAUAUCAGAUGCAUAUCCGGCGCUGGAGUGCCGGAGAAAGUGAUACAAACGUAUUGCUUCUUCAUGGCCACAUUUACGAUUGUACGACAUUACAAUGAAAGUCUUCUUCAAACUGGGUUCCUACCUCAUCCAGGAGUGGGACCUAUCUUGGAAAAUGAUGAGACUAUUCACCACAAGUACUACCAAUGGGUGCCGUUCUUACUCUUCCUUCAAUCUAUAGCUUUCUAUAUGCCUCAUUACAUAUGGAAGAAGAAGGAAGGAGGGAGAAUUAAAGCUUUGGUGGAUGGUCUGCAGUUUGCGAGUCUUUCGUUCCAAGAGGAGGAUAUAAAAGUUAACAAAGAUACGAUACCUUCGAAAAAAACUAUAGAAAAGAAGAUUGCACUCAUAAGAAAGGAUAUCAUUUUUAGGUUACGAGUUUCACGUACCUGGUCCGUAUGGAUGAUGGCGAUGGAGGUUGCAAAUCUUCUGCACGUGAUGUUUCAAAUUUGGCUAAUCAAUAGAUUUCUGAACGGAGAGUUUAUUGGUUUAGGGCCGAAAGUCCUCUCUUUUAGUGAUUGGAACGAAAUCGCUGAUCCUUUGGAGGCUAUUUUCCCUAAGGUAACGAAAUGCUUGUUCCACAAGUACGGUCCCAGCGGCACGAUACAACAGCACGAUGCACUCUGCGUGAUGGCGCUCAACAUUGUACACGAGAAAAUAUACGUCAUACUGUGGUUCUGGCUGCUGUUUCUGUUUAUUGCUUCAGUGCUUGCUGUCAUUUGGCGCGCUAUGUCCUUUUAUCUGUACCGCCGUUCACUGAGGUUCAACGACGUAGUCUUCGGACAGGUGGUGUCCGGAAAAUUCAACCCUUAUAACGUGAUCAGGGUUGUCAACGGCUGCCAAUUUGGCGAUUGGUUGUUCCUGUAUUAUUUGGCUAAAAACAUGCAAGGAUUCCUCUUCCAGGAAUUAUACAAGACACUCGCCGAGGAAUUAGAGAAGAGAGACAUGCCUUUAGAUCAAAAUAUACCUGAAGAGGUCGGUGCACAACCGGUUUUGAUUGCCACCCAUGAGUACAGCGAUGAAACGUUACCACUUAAAGAUAUCAAGAAAGGUGCAUAAUAUAAGCUUAGAAAAGAAGAUGGAUGGGUCGACCCGGUAAACAUUUUGUUGUCAGCUGCCACCUACAGGGUCAAUGUUUUCUUAUUGGAAUUAAAAGAAUCCUAUCUCUCAAUUUGGAUCAAACAUUACAUAUUAACAAAUUUUCAUUACAAUUGGUUGAGCUGUUUUGGAGAUUAGCGUGAACGAAGAACGUGACACGGGAUUUUGAUAUGUUAGGAUAUUAUGUAGUAUAUAUAAUAUCAAUUAAUUGUUUAUUAUUUAAUUAGCAUUUUUCAGUGUAAAGAAGCAAAACUGUUUUAGUUUAGGUUAAUAGUUACUUUUAACUAAAGGUGACUACUUUGGACUAUCUUUCUUAGACUUAAAGGACUCUUUGUAGUGAAAAGUUCUCUCGAGCUGUUUUUCUUGCAGUACUAUUACUUUUAAUUGCGUUUCUUACAGUUGUAACUAUUUCUGACUGUUUUUCUUGUAGUCUAUAUUUUAUUUUAUAUAUAAUGUUAUUUUUUUUUAGUAUUUUAAAUUAUUUUGAUUGUAUUAUCUUGGAGUAAAAUUAUUUUAAAUAUUUUUAUACAGUCAUUAUUUUGGAUUGCUGUUCUUGCUCCCGAAAUUAUAUUUCAUUGCUUUUGUUGCAGUUAAAAUUUUUUUUGACAAUUGAGAAUUUUUACUAAAACGUAAUAUUAUAAUAAUAUAAGAUUAGUAGUGAAGGGUAUAUUAAAGGCAAUAGUGGUGUUCAAGACUGAGAAAAUUUUCUUAAGAAAUUAUUAAUUAUUGUAGGUUUGAAAAUAUUUUUUUUAACUUUUCAAAUAAAUCACGAAGUUACAUAAUUCAUUUGGCUAUAAAUUAAAACUAAAAGGAAAGGAUUAAUUUAUGACAAAAUUAAUAUAAAAGCUAUGUACAAUUUAGAAGAUAACACUCACACAAACAAUUUAAAAUUUUAGAAUUUUAAAAUUUUUUGCAUUUAGAUGCAAAAAAUUUUGCGAAACAACAUGAAAGCUAUUUUAUUAUGUUUCUUAAGAGAAAAUUUCUAUUUUUAUGAACAAUUUGUAUAAUUGACUGUAAUAUAACUACUUUACUGUGGCUGUGAAUGACAAAGUCUUGUAAAUACAGGUUGUUUAUUAUUGCUGAUAAGAUUGCUGGUUUUGUCAAAUUCUACAACAAGCUGGCUGGCCACCAUGGUUUUUUAUGACAUAAAAGAAGUAUUAACCCCAUCUAUUAUACGAGGUUUGUCCGGAAAGUACGUAUAAAAGUUUUUUAAAAAUUUUAUUUUUCAAUUAUUCAGGUAAAUCAAUUUUAUCCCCUUCAAAGUACUCCCCCUGUGACAUAAUGCACUUGUGCCAACGCCGUUUCCACUGUGAGAAGGCUCCUUGAAAGUCCUCUGGUUGUAGGUUUCUCAGCUGCCCCGUCGUAGCUUUUUUUAUCUCAUUUAUGUCCCCCAAAUGCCGCCCCCGAAGUACCAAUUUGGUUUUUGGGAACAAGAAGAAGUCACACGGGGCCAAAUCCGGCGAAUAGGGGGGGUGUUCGGUCACCGUAAUGGAAUUUUUACUCAAAAACUCACGGAACGAUCUUGGCGCAAAUUUUUUUCAUUUGAAGUUCGUUUCUUAGAAUUUCGUGGACCACGGUUUUGCCCAAAUUAAGCUCUUCAGCCACCUGUCUGACCGUUAAACGACGGUCCCCAUUAACACAAGUUCGAAUUCUUUCCACGUUUUCGUCGGAAUGUGAAGUGGAAGGACGUCCUGAACGUGGGUCAUCUUGAACGCUUUCUCGGCCCUCUCUGAAUCUUUUUAGCCACUUGUGGACGGUUGGUUCCUUCACAGCAUCAUCCCCAUAAACUGUUCUGAGAUCGGCAAAAAUUUCACGGCCAUUCUUGCCGAGUUUCGAGAGAAACUUGAUUACGACGCGCUGCUCUUCAACGGAAGCGGGCUCCAUGCCGACGGGGUUUCGUUAAGAGGUAACUUCACAGAUGGCGUGACAAGCCAGUUCGCACCGCACGGCGGUCAGACCAGAACUGAAGCAUUGUUAGGGACAUAAGGAAGGGGUCCUGCGCUUACCUGGCCUCCCCACUCCUCUUUCUCGCAUUCCAGAACACUUUUAUACGAACUUUCCGGACAGACCUCGUACUAUACUAGCAGGGUUCCAGUGAGGGAUGACUGGUGAGGAUGAUGUCAGGUCAGUUGGUCUAUCAUGACAAUUCGACAGGAAUUAACCACGAUGGUUUCCAGGGGUAAUGGCAUGGAAGUCGAUCUAAUGGGGAAUAUUGCUAUCCAUUGCUAAAUGGAGCUGUUAAACUUUAAUACUAACAAUCCUUGGAUGGUGCUUUGACUUCUUAUCUCCCCCCCCCCCCCACUACCUUUUAUGAUAUUUUGCGAAUGGAAUGGACAUAUUUUAAGAUAAUUUCGUCACCUAGAUGAUGUAUAAUAUAACUUUUGUUAUUUUAUUUAAGUAAUAAUAGGUAAAAAUGUUCUGUAUAUUUGACAGAGAUCAGAGGGAGAUUUUGAAGAAAAGUCAUUUGCUUGGGUACCUUUGUCUCAUUCGUGUUUCUACCGUGAUGCAGUUGUGUUUGCAUGGCUGUACAGGGUACAGAGGAAUAAAAUCUGAGUCCUCAGGAAUAACAACGCAUGGGGGGUAUCAUGGGUGAAACAGUACUCCGUUAUGUACUGCUCAUGUCUAUAGGCGACGGUUACUACUUUCCAUCAGGUGGGCCGUCAGCUUGUUUGCUAUUUUUAUUAUAUUAAGUUGCAUAAAAAAUAUUCAACAGUAAUAAAAAUAAUUUUGUAUACAAGAUAAUGUUUAACAAUAUAAGCGAUAUUCUUAAAAAAAAAUUAGACCUUAAUUAUAAAAAAAGUGUUAGUAUGCACUUACAAUAACGUACUAUUUUUAUAAUCAAAGUCAUGGAACCAGUAAAAAAGUAUUGUAAACGCAUUGAAUUAUAUUUAUUGUACUUAUAUAAUUAUAUAUACGUAAAUAUUAAUAUAUUUGUAAGCUAAUAAAUAAAUCCGUGCAGUGCAAUGAGAUUCGAUUGCAAAAAAUGGACAAAAUAGCUCAAAUUUAGCCUAUUUAAAAUUUAUGGAAUUGAUAGACAUAGUGUCAGUGCUCAAAAUAUUAUAGGUUCUAAAAAACAAAUGAAAAAGCGCCUUCAUUUUGAAGUAGCUUAAAAUGUGAUCGGAUUUUGGUGUUUUCGUCGAAUCCAUUCGAUUUAGACAGGUAUUUGUUAAGUACUUAUUAAAUUUCAUGCUAGUCUAAAUUUGUUUUUUUUUUUUUUAUAUAAUAAAAUAGGUAGUGUUAUAUUUACUGUUUCUUGUUUUAUUUCUUAUUACUUUUUUUUUAAUAUACAAUUAAAUAAAUCGAUAUAAAUUGUUAAUUUUAUACGGUGGCCUUAGUUAAUUAUACUUAAAAAUGUUUGCUCAUGACUUAAAAGUGUGUUGUAGGUACAUAGUUUUAGAACUGAAAUUUCGAUGUAGACGUCAUAAUAUGUUAAUUUAUAUUUUUCUUGUGGUAAUAAAGUAUAUUAUACAGUGUAAA